UUUUAAUCAGAUCUAUUGCAUUUACAGACAUGAAUGUGAAUUAGGCAAACUGAUACAUUAAUUCAAAAUACAGAUACCAGAUUGAGGCUUUUGAGCAGCAGGAUCAUUGAGCACUCUGUAUCAGUAAGUCAUGAAAUUGUUUUCCUUUACAUUGCAUGAUACUAGGGAGGAGGCUGUGGGCCAGUGGGAGGUCAGGGCUCUCUCUUUCUAGUAUUCUCUACCUCCCCGUCUCUCCAGGUGCUACUAAAACAGACUGGUCCAAGAACAUCUGGAGCUUUCUGACUACCUGCGAUCUCUCCAGAGCACAGAGAAGGACACAAUGUCCAGUACUGAGUCCGAGGUUAGCGUUGCAGGUUCGGUGGUGUCAGACCCUCAACACUCUCAGAAACUUCUCAAGGCCCUUCGCUCCUUUUGGCAAGAACAAUGCUUCCAAGACGCAGUGUUAGUACUGGACGGGGAAAAGAUUCCAGUCCAGAAAAACAUUUUGGCUGCGGCUAGUCCAUACAUCAGAACAAAACUGAACUACAACCCUCCAAAGGAAGAUGGAUCCAUGUACACCAUUGAGCUCCAGGGUAUCUCUGUCACUAUCAUGAAGCAGAUCCUGGACUACAUCUUUAGUGGGGAGAUCAGUCUGAGUGAGGACACCAUUCAGGACAUGGUUCAGGCUGCUGACCUGCUGCUUCUGACAGACUUGAAGUCCCUGUGCUGCCAGUUCCUAGAGAGCUGCAUUGCUGCAGAGAACUGCAUUGGGAUCCGGCUCUUCUCUCUACAUUACUGUCUGCACCAUGUUCACCAUGUUGCCACAGACUUCCUCCAGACACAUUUCCGUGAUGUGGCUGCCACGGACGAGUUCAGGGAGUUACCCCCAGACCGGCUGUGUGAGAUCCUGUCCAUGGAGAAGCUCAACGUGGGCAAUGAGAAGCAUGUCCUGGAGGCUGUGGUGCGCUGGCUCGGUCAUGACCUGGAGGAACGGAGGGUGCACAUGAAAGAGGCAAUGUCAUCAGUGUGGAUCCAGGGCCUGGACCAAGGUUACCUGAGGGAGCAGGUGUUGGGAGAGCCCCUGAUGAGGGAGGUGAUCAGGGAGUACUGCAACGCUCCACUGGGGGGUGCUGCACUGCAGGGCGAGGCUCUUCUAGCUGCCUUCAAACCUCGUGGAUACUCGGAGUGCAUCGUCACUGUAGGGGGGGAGGAGAGAGGAACGAGGAAGCCGUCAGCCAUGGCACGCUGCAUGUGUCCGCUCUAUGAUCCAAACCGUCAGCUGUGGAUCGAGCUGGAACCAAUGAGCAUUGGCCGAAUAGGGCAUGGGGUGCUGGCUGCAGAGGGCUACCUCUUUGUGAUGGGUGGUAUGGAUGAAACUAAGAUGGUCCUGAGCAGUGGGGAGAAAUAUGACCCAGACACAAACACCUGGACCCCCAUUCCUUCCAUGAAACAGGCUAGGCAGAACUUUGGUGUUGCAGAGCUGGAUGGGAUGAUCUAUGUUUUGGGAGGAGAGGAUGAGGACAUAGAGCUCCUGACUGUGGAGGUUUUCGACCCUCACUUUAACACCUGGACAACCCAAACCAGCAUGACAAUGGUCCGCAAGAUUGGCUGCUAUGCCACCAUGAAAAAGAAGAUCUAUGCCAUGGGUGGUGGGUCAUAUGGAAAGCUGUACGACUCAGUAGAAUGCUAUGAUCCGAAGACCAAGCAGUGGACUGCAAUCUGCCCUUUGAAAGAGAGAAGGUUUGGCUCAGUGGCAUGUGGUGUGGGUCAGGAACUCUAUGUGUUUGGAGGGGUGAGGAGCCGUGACUCAGACAACCCAGAAUCCAGCACCAUGACCACCUGCAAGUCUGAGUUUUUCCAUGAUGAGAUGAAAAGAUGGAUGUACCUUGAUGACCAGACUCUCUGUGUUCAGACCAGUUCCUCUUUUGUGUAUGGAGCUGUCCCCAUUGGUGCCAGCAUCUAUGUGGUGGGAGACUUAGACACUGGUACAACCUAUGACUAUGUGAGGGAAUUCCGUCGCAGCUCGGGGACGUGGCACCGCACCAAGCCCAUGCUGACAUCUGAUCUGUGCAAGACUGGCUGUGCAGCCCUGCGCAUCGCUAACUGCAAACUGUUCCGUCUGCAGCUGAAACAGGGCCUGUUUAGACUCAGGGUCCCGUCCUCCUAGAUGGAGCUCAUUUAGGUGCUCUGUCUCCACACUCACACAUUGGCUAUGGGCACAGCAAUGGAACAUGAGAAUGGAGGUUGAAGGGACGUCCAAAGGGGAUGUUUGGAGUAUUUAUCUGCAUAUUUUGGUGGCUUUCUUAGGUUCCAUCAUGGUAUUAUUCUAUGUGUGGGUACUUGCUUGAAGAGGGACGGCUUUUUAAACAUGACGUUAUUUCAUAUGCAAUUUAACAAUGGGUAUGAUUUGUAAAUACGUUUUACUGACCAUUUACCCAUUGCUUUUUGUUUACUUCAUUUUUGCUGCUGCUUGGUGGGUUUUAAAGAAUUUAACGCAAAUUUUAAGGGGAGAAAAGCAAGAAUGCAGUAGUACUGUCAUUCAUUGUAGCAUAGGUGGUCAUUUUUAAGGGAAAUCUAUACCCGUUUCUAACACUGCAUUUUUUUAUUUUUGUUAAAGAUGAGUCGCUGAAUGACAGCUAGAGAGACAUGGCAUUUUCGUUGUUACUUUAUAGUAGCUAAGGGAUUCGUGGCCUUUGAAUAGACCUGGGCAAUAUGGAUAAAUCCAUAAAUAUAUUGUGACUGAAUUGUCACGAUAACGAUACGAUAAAUGUAUAACAUUAAUGUGCAUCAGUUACUUUUUACAUUAUCCUUAGGUACAACACUCAAAGUAUUAGUUAUCACUUGUCCUGUUAGCAUUCGUCCAUAUUAGCAGCCUUAUUUCGUUUCAAACUUGACAUUUCUUUAGUAUAGACUACUUAUCGAUAUCAGUAAAAUGCCCUCGUGGUGGGUUUGGUUGGUGGCAAUAAUUUUUCUGGUUUAUCAUGACAACUAGAGCUACACAAGGAGACUUCUAAAAGAACAGAUGUGGUUUUACUUGUUCCCUUAGCUAUGGAACUUGUAGCCUAUAAAAUAAACAAAAUGUCGUCUUUACCCACAAACUUAACUUAAAAUGGACUGUUUUUAAAUAGACAGCUUUGAAUGAGUAAUGCCAGAAGCUGGAGCAUACUUUGUAUUGAAAUGGUAACAGGUUUUAUAUAACAUUACUGUAUCUUAAGUGAAAUCUCUUUGGGACGUGCGUGUUUAGUGAAUGUAAAGCUGAGUUAAGCCCCUUUCUGCCAUUGGUUUACCCUUAACCAAGCACUCUAGGCACAGUGUGGGCCAGAAAUGGAUUUAGAGUUACUGGUGUCACUCUUAAGUUGCUGGAUGUAUUUUGCUGAUGACUUUUGAACUGGCUUUCUAGUCAGUGUGGAUGAUUUUUUUGGCAUCUGUUGACCCCAUUUGUUCUGUGUGAGUUACAGCAGUUGCUGUCCAUCCCAUUUGAAGGGAAACUUGUCUCUCACACGCUACAGAACUCACAGAAACAUAUGAAAAAAAAAUGCAUUCACACGCCUUUAUGAAGCCAACAGAGCUCAGGACACCUCUGAAAAGCACCAAGAACAAAUGUAAGAACGGGUAUCACAAUUUACACUUAACACUGUAUACUUGCAGCAUGUUAGUGUAUUGCUUAGAGACUCAACAUUCCAUAGUGUCACUCUCACAGUUUACACUAAAGACUACCUGCAUUCUUGUGGUCCAAACAGUGCUUUCACAAAACAUUCACCCAUUGUGUAACUAUCAGAACACUGUGAUAUGCGCUUUAUGCAUUGUUCUUCUAGGAAUUCUGCAAUAGUACCAUCAAGUGGUUGUUAACCAAAGUUGGGAUGUGAGAAUUCAAAUCUGUUUGUAUUUUUGUAUUCAAUUCUGUGGGGUAGCAAGGAAGGUGUCAUGGAAUGAGCUCAAUCAUGAGUGUCUUCAAUUUAACGAGAUGGAUUAAACAACACUGGCCAACUCAGUAGUUAUUCCUCUGA